UAAUUGAGAAAUAAUAUUUAAUUUUUUAUAUAAUGAUAACGUGCAAAUAUAUUUUAAAAGAAAAUAAUCAUCGAUCUUGGCACAAUGGAUUUACAGGAACUUAUCGCAAAAAAGAGAUCGUCAUUGAGGUCUUGCAAAACUGUGGUAACAGAUUCACUUGGCAAUAAAUGUGAGAUUGAACACGGUCGAGUGAAAAAAUUAGAAAGAGGAAUGCCUUUUGUAAUAGAUGAGAAACCUGAUUUACAUGUGGCCAGUAUAGUACCGGGAUUAUAUCUCAGCUCGCAAGAUCCAGCUGUGUGCAGUGAUAUAUUAAAGAGAUACAAAAUAGGACACAUUUUGAGUAUAGGUGUUAACAUUUCUGAAAAAUUUGAUGAUAUUCGGUAUUAUAACUGUGAUUUGUUAGACUUACCGGAAUCGAAUAUAAUGCCAUCAAUAAAGAAAUGUGUUGAUAUUAUACAUGCGAAUCGUAAAGAAAAUAUUCUUGUACAUUGCAAUGCUGGCGUUUCUCGGUCUCCUGCAAUUAUCAUCGCUUAUUUAAUGACUAUGAUGGAACUGUCAUACAACGAGGCUUAUGAUAUAGUAAAAAUAGCAAGAAGUUGUAUUAAACCUAAUGAUGGAUUCGUAAAACAAUUGUUAAAAAUGCAUCUUUCGGUGAGUUAUCAUAAUAUAUCUGAAACGUGACAACCCCGGAAAAAAUUUUCCACAUAAUUAGAUUAUAAUUAUAUAUGACGUCAUAUGUAGAACAUGUAUGUGUCUAUUUUCUAUAUAUCUAUAUAUCUAUAUCUAUAUAUAUAAAUAUAUAAUUUAUAUAUGAAGUGGAGAUACAAUUACAUGUGAUUAUAUAUAUUUAUACCGGAAAAUUAUUUAUAUACCAUAUUUUUCGCCGAUAAAUUACUAUCUUUUCAUCUUAUUUCACUUGAGGCAAGAUGGAAAGGACAAAGAAGGUAACACGCGUUUGAUUAAAUAGAGCGGAUAAAUGGAUCAAUGAUGUAAUAUAUUGUUACAAUAGAAUCCACGUAUUAUAACAUUAUUAUUUACUUAUGUGUACAGAGAAUAUUGUUUUAUAUAAUUACAAUAUAUCUUAUUAUGUUGUAACUCAUUAGAAAAUUAUAUUCAUGCACAGCAUCUAUCAAAUUCUUAGCCAAAACUAAGCAUAUUAAAAUUUACUAAUUCUGGCUCUCUUACAUUUAUCAUGCAUUGGAGAUGACACAUAGGUCGCCGUACCAAGUAGAUUUAUAAAAAUUACUGUAAAUCUAAAAAAUAUAAGUGAAUUUCUGUAUA